AAGUCACCGUCACCGUUAUCUGAUAUUGCCACCCCACCUAUCGUUUUUCCUAUAGUUGAAGUUUUCUGUGUCAAUCUCUCUCUCUCUCUCUCUUUCUCUCAUUUGUGGACUGGUGUUGUUUGAUAUUUUUGUCGUUGUUGGUUUGUGGAGAGAGAGGGAGAGAAAGGAAGAAUCAAGGCCUGCAGAUCUGCAUUCUCCAAAAAAAGCCAUUUGCAGAUGAAUUGAUUGGGAAAUGACAAAGAAAGGGAGCUGGAUUUCUGCAUUGAAGAAAGCUCUCACUCCUGAAUCUAAGGGGAAGACAGAUAAGCAGAAAACCCGUAGAUCGAAUAGCAAAUCGUUUGGGAAACAUGAGAGCCCAGAUCUGGGCUCUCCACCUGCAGUGCCUGCAUUGUCCGCCCCUGCCACUCCUCCUAGAGAGGAGGAAAAAUUAACAGAAGUUGAAAAUGAGCAGGAUGAGCAUGCUUAUUCUGUGGCUCUUACUACUGCUGCUGUAGCUGCAGAGGCUGCUGUUGCAGCCGCUCAGGCUGCUGCGGAGGUUGUUUGGCUCACAAAUUCGGCCCGUUACUUGGGUAAAUCCGAGGAGGAAGUAGCAGCAAUCAAGAUUCAGACUGCAUUCCGAGGAUACUUGGCAAGGAGGGCAUUGAGGGCCUUGAGAGGGCUGGUGAGGUUGAAAUCUUUGAUACAAGGGCAAUCUGUCAAACGUCAAUCCACAACCACCUUACAAUGCAUGCAGACUCUGGCUCGUGUGCAGUCUCAGGUUCGUGCCAGGAGGAUCAGAAUGAGAGAAGAGAACCAGGCUCUCCAGAGACAGCUCCAACAAAAACAUGAGAAAGAGAUCGAGAAGUUGAGAACUUCAGGGGGAGAAGAUUGGAAUAGUAGUGCCCAAUCUAAGGAGCAAAUUGAAGGUAAGCUACAGAACAGGCAGGAGGCUGCUGUGAGAAGGGAAAGGGCAUUGGCUUAUGCGUACUCCCGCCAGCAAACAUGGAAGACCUCAUCAAAAUCUGCAAAGCCAACAUACAUGGAUCCAAACAAUCCCCAGUGGGGGUGGAGUUGGUUAGAGCGAUGGAUGGCAGCCCGGCCAUGGGAAACUAGAGACGCCCUUGAUAGAGAACUUAACAGUGACCAUGCCUCUGUAAAGAGUUCAACAAGCUGUGCCAUUUCUGUCAGUGAUCUCAACAAGCCUCAUUCUCAUCAGGGUCUCAACCUCGAUAAUAAUAAGCCCUCUCCAACCACACAAAAAACGAGCCGCGUUCCCAUCCGGCUAACAUCUUCGACUCCCAUUUCCAAGGCUCCAUCACCAGCUACAAAAACAAAGCCAGGGAGCUCCAAGGGGAGCGCUUAUGGUGGGGACGAUGAUUUGAGAAGCGUGCUUAGUGUCGAGUCUGAGAGGUACCGGAGGCAUAGCUUUGGAGGGUCAUCUGUGAGAGAUGUCAAGAGCGUAGCAAGUUUUCCUGGUUCGAGUCAUAUGACACCCAAAAAGUCAGCAAAAAUGAAGUCCGGGCUGCCAAGCCCAUCGGGAAAUGAAAUGCCCGAGAAGGGAUUGGCCAGUUCUGCAAGAAAGCGGCUUUCAUACCCAUCUUUUCCUGCAGGAUCAAGGAGGCUCUCUGGUCCCCCUAAGUUGGAGACUGGCUCUGUGAAGGAUACCAAUGUGCGCUCGAGAGCGAAAGUUAGCAAUGGAGGAAGCAGGUAGUGCAUACAACAUGAAUAGAAACAAGUAAGUCUACGAACACAAAAACUAAUCACAAAAUUGGACACAAAAUGCAUGCAUAUAAACCAAUAAGAAUUUUCAAAAGUGUAUUCCACUUACAAAAACUUUGUAUAUUCUUGUAUAUUUAUGGGUAUUUUGUGUCCAGCUCUGUGACUCGUUGCUAUGUUCGUAACAAAUUGAAAUAGAAAUACAUGUUAGAUUUGUCUGGGAUGGAUCUUCCUGGUAGCAUCCUUCCAUUGGCGCUUCCUGUGUUUUCUUUUUUUCGUUCAUUAUUUAAAAAUCGAUGAAAAUGAAUACAAAGAGUCUAGGACUUUGCUCUUUCUUCUUC